AUGUUAUUCAACCUACAACUCAGGCACCACCUUUUCCGAGUAGCCUUCCUGGAGUACCAGUUAGCAAUCCGACGAUGUUACCACACAGAGUCACCACACACCACUCAGCACACUCCCAAAAAUCUGUUUGAGAGUCGAGUCUACUCAGCGUGCUAUGGAAAGAUCUAUGAUGCCUAUGUCAUCUACCCAAGGGACUACAAUAGCUGUCUGGAGGGGGCCAGUUAUGUGGAAUGCUUUGUCCACCAGAUUCUGCCUGAUGUUCUUGAAAAUAAAUAUGGCUACAACCUAUGCAUAUAUGGGAGAGAUCUGCUUCCUGGAGAAGACAUAGCCACUGCUGUGGAAAGCAACAUCCGGAAGAGCAGGCGCCACAUUUUCAUCCUGACUCCUCAGAUCAAGCACAGCAAGGAGUUUGCUUAUGAACAGGAGAUAGCUCUACACAGCGCCCUCAUCCAGAAUGACUCCAAGGUGAUUCUUAUUGAAAUGGAGGCUCUGAGUGAGCCAGGUGGACUGCAGCUGGAGGAGCUUCAAGAUUCCCUGAAGCACCUACUGAAAGUGCAGGGGACCAUCAAGUGGAGCGAAGCCCACUUCACUGGCAAAAGUUCCCUGAAUUCCAAAUUCUGGAAGCAAGUGAGCUGCCUUCUCUUAAGCGCAGACGCCGGCGGCCUCUGUGCGGGGACACUGGAUUACCCCCCACCCCAACCCCCGACCCCCACCUCCUUUCACCGCUGUGCUGCCCUCGAUGACCUGAAGGGUGCACAGGCGUGUCACCUCCAGGUCCAGCGGUUAGUGGACUUAUUCACCAACCCAAUGCUCCGGGAGCCGUGGCUCCGCCCCCCACCGGGUACCAGUUGGCGAGAACCGGCGAUUUUUCUGCGCGCAGCUGCCAGGAAGAUCGAGUAUUUGCGGGAACUCGCAGGUGGGGAGCGCAAGUGGAGGAGGAGCCCACACCCUAGCCUGCUGCCGGACGCGCCUGGCCCUCCCCCACCUAGAAGCUCAGACUGGGAUUGCCGCCUCCACCUCCCAGGAGCACUCCCAGACUGGGAGCAAUGCCCGACCUGGAACAGCCGCCCAAGAGAAGCACCCCAGAUCAGAGCAUCUUCUGACAAGGAGCAGACCGCGCCGCACCGGGUACCAGUUGGUGAGAACCGGCGAUUUUUCUGCGUGCAACUGCCAGGAUGCUGGAAAAGUUGUAUUUCACGUACUAAUGUCACCGCAGCCGAAGGGGAAGCUUUCCAUCUGACAUGUUGUCCUGAGCACCCAUAUGAAACAAACACCAUAAAAUGGUACAAACAUGAUCCCCAUGAACCCAUUGAACUAAAUUCAAGCAGUUCACCCAGAAUUGUUCUACGUGGUUGUGCUUUGGAAUUUUGGCCAGUUGAGUUGGAUGACAGUGGAACAUAUACUGUCCAAACAGGAUAUUCUAAUCAUACAUGGACAUUAAAGGUCAUUGGAAGGAAUAAACACAGCUGUUUUCACGAAAGUCUUGUACAAAGUAAAACUGUGGAAGUUGAUAAGCUUUUGGAAGUAAACUGUACACACACAUAUUAUAAAAGUCUGACCAACCAAACAGUGCUAUAUAAGAACUGUGGAAAGAUAGAAGACAUUGAACACCCACAUAUAAUGAAGAAUGCAGUCUUUGAAGAUCAGGGAUAUUACACCUGCAUUCAUUUUGUUGAUCACAAUGGAAAACUUUUUAAUUUCACCAAAACCUAUAAUAUCAUAAUAGAUAAUGGAGAAGAAGUGAGGCUCAACUGCACUGCUUCUCUGAAUGAAAAUGACUUGAUUUACUGGGUCUUUGACAGUCGAACUGCAAAGGAAGAAAGUACCACAAAAAUUCAGGUUAAAGAAGGGAAAUGGCAGGCUUCAACAAUAUUAGUAAUUAAGAAUAUCAAUGAAAACAACCUAAAUGCCUCAUAUAAAUGCUCUGUGAUCAAUGAGGGAAGCACAGAUACCAAAACAUUCAUCUUGUUGAAAAAAGGUGCAGUGGACAUCCCAGGGCACGUCUUCACCGGAGGGAUGGUCACCGCUAUUUUGGCCUCUGUGGUAAUCAUGUGCCUUGUGAUUGUGGGUGUCAUUUAUAGAGUCGACCUGGCUCUAUUUUGUAGACAUUGCAUGAGAAGAGAUGAAACAUUAACAGAUGGAAAAACCUAUGAUGCUUUUGUGUCUUACCUAAAAGAAUGUCAACCUGAAAAUGGAGAGGAACACACCUUUGCUGUGGAGAUUUUGCCCAGAGUGUUGGAGAAACAUUUUGGGUAUAAGUUAUGUAUUUUUGAAAGAGAUGUAGUGCCUGGAAGAGCUGUUGUUGAUGAAGUCCACUCACUAAUAGAGAAAAGCCGUAGACUAAUCAUUGUCCUCAGUAAAAGUUAUAUGUCGAAUGAAGUCAGGUAUGAACUUGAAAGUGGACUCCAUGAAGCACUGGUGGAAAGGAAAAUAAAAGUUAUUUUAAUUGAGUUUACAUCUGUCAGGGAUUUCACAUUCUUGCCCCAAUCACUAGAGCUUUUAAAAUCUCACAGAGUUCUGAAGUGGAAAGCUGAACAAUCUCUGUCUUAUAACUCAAGAUUCUGGAAAGAUCUUCUUUACCUCAUGCCUGCAAAAGCAGUCAAGCCAUGUAGAGAUGAGCCAGAAUUGUUGCCUGUUCUUUCACAGUUUUGAUACUCAGGAACUUUGAGUAUAAGAAAGAAAUCUUGACAUACUGGAAACCAAAUAUCUGAGCCUUUUUGUACAAAGGACAUUAUUUCAAAUAUUUAAUGCGAUGACAACCCUGCUUGUUGCACAGGGUAAGACUAAAUAUUUAGCUGUGAUAAUUUGCUUCCUGAAGACUCUGAAAUUAAAAAACCUCCUAUUUUUCCUUCAAGCACUGGAUGUCUGGGCUCAUACACAAAGGAAUACUCAGCAACUGUGAGGCUGGUUAUGAUGCCAAAAACUCAUGUAUUGCAAAAAGGGCACACUUUUGUAAAUAUGUGUUUUUCAAUGCUAGUAAUUGAACUAUAGGAUUUUUAGAUCAUGAAUUGUCAAUCUCUAGGUGACAGUGUCACAGGAAUGGUGCCUUCACUCCCCUACAAUAGUUACCUACCGAUUAACACCCUGGACAGUAACUGGGGUGUGGGAGCUUGCCGGCAGGGCAAUUAGCUGGAAGUCUGUUGUAAGAGACUCAGCCUCAUGCUGCAUUUAAUGCACCCAAACACAAUUACAGGGGCAUGGCCCUUGGAAGCCCACUAAGACACUGCGUGGGACUUCUUCAUUUGAAGCAACUUAUGGGGACUUCUUAAAGAGAACCCCAAACAACCUUUUUAUCCUUCAUGACAGAUGAAAUCUUAAUUCAAAUAAUUCUCUGGGUCUCAUAAUGGCCCAAAAUAUUUGUUGAUCAUACAUAAAUGUUUAGAUGCAGGAUAGAUGCCAGAUCAUUAACUACUACACAGCAAAAAAAAAAAAAAAAGAAAAGAUAAGAAAAAAAA